AUGGCAGUAUUGGAGGAAUAUCUGUGGAUCCCUAUUUGUUGCAGCGUAGUAGCUUUUUUUUCAGCCUUUGGAAUAGGAGCAAAUGAUGUAGCUAAUGCAUUUGCAACGUCUGUCGGUUCUAAGGCUCUCACAAUCAAGCAAGCGAUUUUGAUCGCAGCUGUGAUGGAAUUUUCUGGAGCUUUUCUAUUAGGCGGUAAUGUAGCCUCAACAAUUAUGAAGGGAAUCACAGAACCUUCCUACUUUAAAGAUGAACCCCAAAUUUUGAUGUUUGGUAUGAUGUGUGUCUUGUUAGGAGUCGCCAUCUGGCUGAUUGUGGCCACCUUGUAUGGUCUGCCGGUGUCUACUACCCACUCCUGCAUCGGUGGAAUUAUCGGCAUGGCCGUGGUGUCAAAGGGAUUCAAAGCAGUGAACUGGCGAGCUGUUGGCAACGUAGGAUUGUCCUGGAUCAUCGCUCCGAUCGUUUCUGCCUUGCUCUCUACUUCGAUCUUUUUAGUUAUUCGCAAGUUCAUUCUCCGUGCUAAAAACACGGUAAAUCGUGCGUUUGCAGCCUAUUCUCCGAUCGUGGGAUUCACAAUCGCUCUCAAUGUGUUCCUUGUUCUCUUUACCAGCGAGUCUCUUCAUCUUGACUUGAGCCUCUGGGUCCUCAUCCUCAUCUGCCUUGGCAUUGGUGCCAUCUGCAGUCUGGUGGUUCAGCUGAUCCUUCUCCCUUACAUCCGUUUCCACGUUCACUCUGAAAUAGAAACGAAUCUGCUCCCGGUAUCCAACGAAAACGGAGAGGCAGAGAAAGAGAGCGAAGCCAAGAAAGAAGUCGAGUCGAUUUCUGACAAGGUUCAGAUCAGCGACGCCGUGGCGGAGAUUCAUCGGAACGCCGAGGAGUUCAAUCCCUCCACCGAGAAGCUCUUCACCUACCUGCAGAUUCUCACCGCAAUCUUCAACUCGUUCGCCCACGGCGCCAACGACGUGGCCAAUUCGAUCGGUCCUUUCGCUGCCUGUAUCGCCAUCUACGAGACCGGAAACGUCAUGGCGGAUGCGAAUGUCCCCGCUUUGACGCUCGUCGUUGGCGGCUUCGGCAUCGUGAUCGGACUGGUGUGUCUGGGAUACAAGGUCAUGGCGUCCAUGGGAAUGAACAUGGUGAAGGUCACGCCGUCCCGCGGUUUUACGAUCGAAAUUGGGGCUGCGCUGGUGAUUUUGGUCGGAUCUGCGUUGGGACUACCGCUUUCGACCACUCACUGCAAGGUUGGAUCCACGGUCGGCGUGGGACUGGCGGAAGGGAAGAAUGGUGUGAACUGGAAGCUGGUGUACGAGGUGUUUGCGGGAUGGAUCAUUACUAUCUUCAUUUGUGCUCUGUCUACUGGUUUGGUAGUAUGGCUUGCUCUUCAUUUUCUUAGUAUUUGCACUGUUUGUUCCACACGCCAUUUCGGUUUUCAGGACUGGAGCAGGUCAUUAUCCUUGAUAAUGUACUCUUUCAUUGAAAAAUUGAAUCCUGCUGUGAAAUUUUUGGGAAAGCUUACUAAGAAUGAGCACUACAAGUACAUUGACCUGGUACUGUGCAAACUUCGAAAUCCAUGGUCAGGCUUUUUCACUGCCGGAUGGGGAGAUAUCGAUCUCGUUGAUCGCCUUGACGAGGGCCUUCUUCUCCUAAAGGAGGAGACGGCAAACAAGGUGCAUCCACCCCCUAUCAAUAUUAAUUUGACUGCUCCCGAAAUCAAUGAAGAAGACGAGGUGAUUAUUCAAGACGGUCAAUUCAAAACAGUUUCGCGUUACCGCGAAUACCUUCCGGUAGAAAGCGAGCAGGUCUAUAUCCGUAUCAUAAAGCCGUUGUCAUGGGGUCGUCUGGACCCGCCACACAAGCCAAUGGUGCUUAUCCUCCCAGGAACCGGCGAAAAGGGCUUCGGAAGGCGAUAUGACGGUGUGUCUGUUCCUCUAGCACGUCUAGGUAUCGGCUCGAUCAUUCUCGAAGGUCCGUUUUACGGCCGUCGCAAGCCGAAAAAGCAGAACGGCUGCAAACUCCGCCACGUCUCGGACCUCCCUCUGUUGGGUGCCGCAACGAUCGAGGAGUCGCGCUCUCUGCUUUACUAUCUCCGCGAGCAGGGCUUGGGCCCGCUCGUCGUCGGCGGAAUCAGCAUGGGCGGGCUCCACGCUGCGAUGGUGGCCGCGCUGACGGCGUUUCCACUGGGGACCGCGUCGCUUGUGGGCCCUCCGUCGGCAGUUCCGGUGUUCACGUCGGGACUGAUGGCGAAUCUGAUUCCGUGGAAGCGGCUGGACAAGGAUGCGCACUACUACAACCUGGCGGACCGGCUGAAGAACCGUUAUUUCGAUGUGGAUAAGCCCAAAAUGGACAAGGCUCACGAGUUGAUGGGCCGUUUUUUGCGCAUAACGAAUAUAGAGAAUUUCGACCCACCGAUGGUACCGGAAGCAGCGAUUUUUGCCACUGCAAAGAGAGAUCGCUACGUGCCUUUUGAAUUAGUGGAAACCCAAAUGAAGGAGUUGAAUCAGCGCUGGGAGGGGAGCGAAGUUGAUCUUUGUGUGUGUGUGGGUAAGUCGUAGAUUCUCUGGCUUGAAGGAUCCCAUGUAAGCAGCUAUCUCUUUGAAAGAAAAGCGUUCGCUUUAAUGGUGAAAGAGUCUGCAGACCGUGUUCAACACUUUAUAGAUACUCAUCCAGAACAAUCGGUGGGGAAGAGCUGAAGAAGAAAGUAAGAAUCUAUUGUUGG